AUGCGCAGGAAUCGCGACCAGAUCAUAUCAGACAUGCCCGGCUUCGAGUUGCUCAGCGAGCCUCUCGUCAUGAAAUACUUCAAGACGUUGGCCGAGUUGUUCAACUUUGCAGGCUCCUACUUCGAUUCGGAAAGGCUGUUGCUUUUGGCUAGACAAGACCCAGAAUUUGGGAACUACAGCUACUACGCGGUCACGAUUGAUGCUUUUCUCAAAAGCUUCCAGGCCAAUAGGCUUCAAUGGCAACACACUUACGAAAUCUUCCAAACGGGGCGGCGAUGUCACUUGUUUUUUGACCUGGAGUACCGCAAGGCUUGCAACCCCAACCUGUCGGCACAUGAUCUGGUGGAUACAGUGCUCUUGAUCACCGAAGAGAUCUGUCGAGAAACAUAUGGAACGGGGAUCUGGAGAGAACGCAUCGUUGAAUUAGACGCCUCGUAUGCCAGCAAGUUCAGCCGGCACAUCAUAGUUCCCGUUUACGGCAGGUGCUUCGCAAACGUCCAUGAAGACAUGAAGUGCUUCGUUGACAAGAUUGUUCACCGAACAGGCGCGAGCAUAACGUCCAGAAUCAUCAUCAACAAGGCUUUUCUAUCGUACUCGUUUAAAGGCUUCAAGUUCUGCCAAAACGUCAACCGAAACCAUACGCAGAACAACGCAAUAGGAUACAGGUCUCCGUUCAAGUCGCUGCCAAACAGUCUGGUCGAAGAAGCGAGGGCGGCGGUUUGCAAAGCUCUGGGGCAAAGCUCACCUGCGAAGUCUCCUGCGUGGGGGGAGCUCGAGGAAGUAGACCCAGCUUUUACUUCCGCCGCCCUGCAAGUUCUACACGCGCUCGAAGAUCGCCCCACGAAAAAGGCGAAGGCAGAGCAAGCCCCGGAGACACAGGUGGACAGGGCACGCGCGAAUGUCGACUCGGAGGCGGCCGGGGGAGGGCCAGCGGAAUGGGGCGCUGAUGCGCGGCCGCUCGAGACGGCCCCGGGCGACGCUGACGUCAGCGAGCAGUUGUUGAACGAGACCGGGCAGGGAAACGGGCACGCGGUCGGGGGAGAGCCCUCGGGGUGGGGCGCCGAUGCGCGCGAGCAGCCCACGCAGCCGCUGACGGACGCCGCAGCGGAGGAGGGCGGCGACACGCAGCCCCUCGAGCCGGCCCUGGACGAAGCUAAUGCGAGCGUAUUGGGCUAA